AUGUUGCCCGCCCUUAUCUCGAACAGCCUUGACUGGAUUCAUACCCGUGUCUCUCAGAAAGUUCAGGAUGCCCUACUCGCAAUACUCAGCGCAGGCCCCAUACCCAGGCAUGUCGCGUUCAUCAUGGAUGGGAAUCGACGAUAUGCGCGGAGGCAGCACAGAGUAGUCGCGGAGGGACAUGCCCAAGGGUUCGAGACGUUGAGUCAGGUACUCAAGACAUGCAUGCGCCUGGGUGUACGAUGCGUCUCAGUCUACGCUUUCGCUAUCGAAAACUUCAACCGUUCUCCGGCCGAAGUGGAAGCUCUCAUGUCGCUGGCCGAAAACAAGCUCAUCGAGAUAUCCAAGCAUGAUGCACUACUCGACCGGUACGGUAUCCGUUUGAACGCGCUGGGACGGAGAGAUAUGCUUCCUCCAAACGUGCUUGCCGCAGUUGAGAAGGCAGAGAGCAUGACGCGCAAGAACAACAAAGCCGUGUUGAACAUUUGCAUGCCCUUCGCCAGUCACGAUGACAUCGUGAGCGCGGUACAGACUUCAGCUGAAAAAGCGAUUGAGAACCACGACUCUGUCAUAACAGAGGACGAUGUCGACGCUUGUAUCUCGACGUCUGUCGUGGGCAGCCCACCGAUUGAUAUUCUCGUUCGUACGAGCGGUGUUAAACGGCUCAGCGACUAUAUGACGUGGCAGACAUGCGAAACUGCUCAGAUACAAUUUUCAUCGCGCUAUUGGCCUGAUUUUGGUCUUUGGGAUUUUGUUCCAAUCUUAUUGGACUAUCAGCAAAAAAUUUGGUCUUCUCCGGCAUGAUGCAUGUGUUAUGUAUUCUACUUGGGACAUCUUGGGGCUAUGUAAUGCUAUAACUGGCUUUCUCAGAGGG